AUGAGUGAAAGGACUGAUGAGGAUUUGAAAAUGAUAAAGUCGAAAUAUCGAACGGACGUCGAAAUUGGCGGAGAUUCGAAUAAAUAUCAGAACCUCAUUUGUUCACAUUCAACUCAUAAUCGUGUAAUUGAGUACGCAAUUGCUCGCGGGACCGAGCUUUUGAUUUGCGAUGGGCAUAGCACCAAUUUGAGUGUAAUUCGUCGAUUUGAUAUGGAGUUUGAUAUGAAAAAAAUAUUCUAUCACCGUGUUGAUUACUCGAAACAUUCGAAAGAGAAACGACUUUUAACGGGAAGAAAACCAAUAUUGAAACGUGAAUUUUUGGUGGUAUGUGGUAAAAAUCGUCUACUAUUCAUUGAUAGUACCGAAUAUCAUUUUUAUUAUUAUGAUAUUCCCUUCCAGCCAAAAAAUGUUUUUCCUGUUAGCGGUUGUGUACUUAUUGAGAGAUAUUAUGAUGCAUCGACGGAGCAAUCUUAUCAUUACCAUGACACUUUUCACCUGUAUUCUCUAUCAGGACCAUUUGGCGAGCUUCUACCGGUGAUCUAUAAAACUACAGGCUUCCAACCACAUUGGAAAUUCUGUUGGCAAUCUCAUCAGGAUGAUGCUGAAAUGGUUGGUUGCGCCGGAGAUUUUGUUGUGGUUUUCGAUCCAAAAAAGAAGGUCCAUCGAAUAUAUUUCGCACGUGAAACCGAAGAGCAAGAAGUUCAGUCGGCUAUUAGAUACGUCGAGAAUCAACGGAAACAGUUCGUUGACUCGACGAUGCUUGCGAGAUCGCAUCAGACGAAACGCACUAUUACUGAUGAUGUUUUAUCGUUUCAAAGUGUUAGAUCUCCAGCAGUGAUAGCAUUAUCGGAGCUUAUCGAUAGCAAACUUGAAGCAUCUUCUCCAUGCCAUCCGACGAGACACUCGAAUGUUGGUAUCGGAGGUUUUGGGCAUUCGACGCCAAACCAUCCUGGUGGUACAUUCCAUUCACCAAUGCCUACGCCCAUUUAUGAAGGUUAG